AGUUAGUUAAUCAAGUCCGACGAACAUAACCUCUACCUGUCAAAACAUUAUAAUGCGCAAAUUGAAUAAUAGUACAAUUCAAUCAAGAUUUGAGAAAUGCUAUUCUAAAUUUGUGAAUUGUCGACCAUAACCUCACUUUUGUCACCCCAAUAACAUGAACCUUUUACACUUUGCGAGUCUCCAUCUCUGACAGCUCAAAAUGACCACAGUAACAAUUCGAGACAUCGACGUGAAGUUCCCCUUCACCCCCUACGACAUCCAGAAAGACUACAUGACAAAAGUAAUCGAGUGCUUGGACACCCACCGAAACGGAAUCCUAGAGUCCCCCACAGGCACCGGAAAAACCCUCUCGCUGCUUUGCGCCUCGCUCGCUUGGCUCGAAAACCGCAAAAAACAAUUCGAGGCCCAAACCCCACAACUCCAAGUGGAAAGUUUCCUCAGAAAAUGCGACAAGAGUUUCGAGGAAAAUGAAAAUAGCCCCCCGCUUAUAACCGUUCCGAAAAUCGUCUACUCAUCUCGGACGCACACCCAGCUUCAACAAGCAAUGCAGGAAAUGAAGCGGACGGCGUACAGUCACAUGCGUGCCUGUGUUUUGGGGUCGAGGGAACAAAUGUGCAUAGAUCAGGACGUGAUAAUGGAAAAAAACGCGUCUCUUAAAGUGAACAUGUGUCACAGCAUGGUGAAGAAAAAUCAGUGUCGGUGUUACAAUAGGGUUGAAGGUUUCAGAGAUGCGCCCCCUUUGAGUGACUUGACGAUCGUGGAUAUGGAAGAUAUUGUGAGUUUGGGGCGCGCGGAUGACUUUUGUCCGUAUUACAUGGCGCGGGAACUUAAAAUGGAAGCGGAUGUGAUUUUCAUGCCUUAUAAUUACUUGUUGGACCCUAGGAUGAGCAAAUCUUUGGGGGUUGAGUUACACGAAAAUAUUAUCAUUUUUGAUGAGGCUCACAAUAUUGAGAAAGUUUGUGAGGAUUCAGUUUCUGUACAAAUUAAAACUGGUGAUAUUGAUAAUGCUGUUGAGGAUGUGGCAGCAGUUCAGGAUUUGCUGAUGAGUGGUCGACAUUUAGAUGUAGAAGAAGUUAGUUUUACGCCGAGGCAAUUAAAUACUUUCAAGGAAAUGCUGAUUGAGUUUAAGGAACAAUUACACGACGUGACUUUAGUGCAGUUAGCGCUGGAAGGCACGGUUUUCGACGGUGAUUAUAUUUUUACCAUUUUGGAAAAAGCCGGGAUAACUGAUCAGAAUUGCUCAGGGGUUGCAGACUUGGUGGACAAUAUUUUAGACUUUUUAGCGUCUACACGACUUCUCCAGAAGAGUGCAUACGGUUUGCAACUAAUUAGCAAUUUGCUGUUUAUUGUUUUUUACAAAAGAGGGCCAGAAUUUAAACAAAAAGUGAAAGACUCUUUCAAAGUACAAGUUGAAAACGAACAGACAACGUGGUUCAACAAGAGUAAAUUUAGUCAGUACUCGCAGUUUUCACAAAGUCAAACUGAGAGGGGUCGAGUAUUGAAUUUUUGGUGUUUUUGUCCAGGAUUCGGAAUGAAAAUCCUGUUGGACCGAAACAUCCACUGCGUAAUCCUGACCAGCGGUACUUUAGCCCCCUUGAAACCCCUAAUCUCCGAACUCGAAAUCGACAUCGGCGUCCGAAUCGAGAACCCCCACAUCGUCGACGGCGACCAAGUCUGCGUCAAAAUUUUAAGCAAAGGCCCGGACAUGGAACUUUUGAAUAGCAACUUCCAAAACCGAAACAACCCCAAAUAUCUCCAGUCUUUGGGGUUAGUCAUUUCGAAUUUAAUCCGGAUUAUUCCAGACGGAGUGCUCAUUUUUUUCCCGUCGUACGUUAUCAUGGAAAAAUCCAUACAACAAUGGCAAAGCACGGGGAUCUGGGACGCCAUAAACGCAACCAAACCCAUCUACAUCGAACCAAAGGACAAAAUCUCGUUUAAUAACGCGAUGGUCGACUAUUACGCAAAAAUCCAGGACCCUAGUUACAAAGGGGCGAUUUUUAUGGGGGUUUGUCGCGGGAAGGUUUCCGAAGGGUUGGAUUUCGCCGACAUUAACGGAAGGGCGGUUUUCAUCACAGGUCUCCCGUAUCCACCACUCAAGGACCCGAAAAUAAUCCUCAAGAAACGGUAUCUGGAUUUUCGCCACGCCCGCGACAAAGAGUAUUUAAAAGGCGACGAGUGGUAUAGUUUGGAGGCCACCCGUGCUAUCAAUCAGGCAAUCGGAAGGGUCAUUAGACACAAAGAUGACUACGGUGCAAUUAUUUUACUAGACGCCAGGUUCUCCAACCCCCGAGUCAAAAGUAACUUGUCUCUCUGGCUGCGCCAACACAUCACAGACAUGAAAAACUUCGGAGAAAUAAUACGCAACGUACGCACUUUUUUCCAACAAGCGCAAGAAAAAAUGCCUCAAGUUGAAACCAAAACCAUUGUCAUUGAGCAACUAAUCGAAAUGGAAGCUUCAACCAGUGGCGACAAUUUAGUCAGAAUUCAUACCCGCAAAAGCGACAGUUUAGAAGGGAGUCCUUCAAAACGCAUGAGAUAAUUAAUUUUAAGUGAAAAUGUUUUUUUGGAUUGUUUACAAAUUUUAUACAAAAUAAGUAUUAGUUAAACAGA